UGCUGCUUCCUCAACAACAACAAACACCUUAAGAGAGAGAUUCCUGCAAAGUGAGGCUCCAUUGCCAAAGAACCCAACAUGUCUGAAGUAACAGUAGAAGUCCUUUUGGAUAAGAUCAGCAGAGAUCAUCUCAAGUGUUCUAUUUGUCUCGAUACAUUUCAAGAUCCUCGUCUCCUCCGAUGUAAUCAUACAUUCUGCAGAUCCUGCAUUGUCAACUUGCUGCAUAAUGAACAAAUUAACUGCCCAAUGUGUAGAAGAACAACAUCUAUGAGGAAAAAGACUCCACACCAGCUGAGUAGAAACUUUCGUCUUGCGUCUCUUGUUGAUGAUGUGGAGAAAGAGAAGAAGUGCUUUCAAGAACGAGAUGAAGUGUUAAUGUUCACCAUGUUCACCGAGUCUACUAAUGAACAGAAAAGUGACCUGGGAACAGCCCACACUAGUCAUUUGGUAAAUGUCAUGAACCAAGAAGAGAAAGUUCCACAAUGCGACCAACACCAAAACCUUAACCUCUCCUUCUACUGUAAAACCUGUAGGUUUAUGAUAUGUGCAAUGUGUGCAGCCAUAGACCAUAGGGGUAAGGAGCAUGAUUAUGUGCCCAUUGAUGAAGCAGAAAGUGCUGCUAGAGAUCAGCUAUUGGAGGUUCUUUCUAAAUGUGAAGAGCGCCACCAAGAGGUCAUAGUGGAGAGGAGUCUAAUUGAUGGAGAGCGCUACAUGGUGGUCAAUAUGAUAUUUAACACCAUCAGAUCACUCAAGGAAACAAAACUACAUCAAAUCUGUGAAGUCACACAUCACCUUCAACAGUUUGAACAAGCGAGGGAGCUAGACUAUAACGAUGUAUUGUCAACUGCUGAUGCCAUAAUUGAUUGGAUUAAUCAUGUCAGUACUAAACUCAGCAACGCAGCGACUGAAGCAAAUAAAUACCACCUGUUGAAACAAAUGGAGCAUCUCAUCACCACUGCAGAAACAGUCAUCAACAAAACACUGACAUUUCCUAAACUAGUAUCUGCCAAAAUUUGUAUUUGCAGAUCAGAUACAUCUGCUCAAGUUAUCAUAAAGAAGAAAGACUCUUGCACUGAUGGGUUUGGACGAGAUUUUAAAGGACUGCUUUAUGACAUUAAAGUGUUGGGAUACAAGUAGAUUUUAUGAUGUACUAUAGAUCAAAGUCUUGCAUUAGGAAUAGUUCUACAUGCAGCCUAAAUGUAAACAGUGACUAUUUGAUACGAAUCUCCAGCAGAUGAGUACUUGCGAUUAUCUUAAGAAGGUAUACUUUCUUUUUGCAUACAAAACCAAACAUGUACAUUUAACAAGUUAAAACUUGUUAAAUGUGGACCACCAUCUGACUUAGUUUACUAAAUGAUGAAGUACAUGUACAUGUAAUCUUGAACGGGCAAAAGUGAUUGUUUUGUUUUACUUGAAUUUUACACAGACCAUCAUGACCAUAAGCAUGACAAUAACGCCAAUGACAUUGACCACCAAAGUGGCGCAUUCAAGAUUAUUCUGAUGAUGACGUCAGGUGAAUUGGGUCAAUAGUAGUACAGGGCAAAUGGCCUUGCCGCAACAUCAAUGCAAUUACUUAUGCCUUUUUGUGUCUGAUCUAUGAACAGUAGUUGUUCCAUUAAAUAUUUGUUAAAAAAUAACAUCUGAACAUCUGCUGCCAUACCAUGUUCAAUGUACGUGUACAUUAAAGCCUCAUACAAGGAUUCCUAUUGAACAUCAAAUACACAUUGGUUUCUAUGAGAACACAUUACUAAUCUUGGUAAUAAUAUCCAAUCAAUACAGUUACACCAUAUGUACCUGUACAAAAUAUGUUAUGUACGUGUGUACUUUUUUGUUUACAAUGCUUGUCCAUAACAAGUGUCCAUAAUAAGUGUCCAUGAAAUUACAAUGGGUAAAGUCUAGUCUACACAAGACUGGGAAUUUUCUUUUUACCCUCAUAUUUCACAAUACUGCAAUAAAGGGAAUUCUCCCUGAAUUGAAAUGUCAAGUACAAUUCCUUCAUAAAGACGUCUUCACAUAAAUGGUAACCAAUGGUAGUGUACUGAAUUAAUCUAGAUUGAUUAAUGAGGUUGCCCAACCACAUGUUAUUAUCAAAUCAGUGUUCCUGAAAAGCCUAAAAUCACUAUUUGCCAAAAUGUCAGUACAAAAGAGUUAUUCAUUGUGCCCAUUAUUAAUAUUGUGAAUAAUGCAUUCAGUGUAAAUAUCUUUUUCAACAUGACAUGAAUUCUCCUACAUUAAUGCAUACGGUGACAACUUCACAACUUGUGAAUAAACCAGAGAAGACAGUCA